AUGCGCGGCCGGCCGAGCGCUGAGCGGACAGAGGAUGCACACACUGCCAUGAUCCCCGCACAGCGUCGGCCCUCCGCCUCCCUCCCGCCGCAGCCCGAGCCCCGAGGCCCGAUGUCCGUGGCCAACGCCAAACACUCGCUCCUGAACCCGGUAAGAGGCUCCUCCCGGCGGCCGUCGACACCGGCCGUGAUCCCCUACACCGGACCCAUACCUGGGGGCCUGCACCCGGGGGAGAUCAUCAUCAUCCAGGGCACCGUGCCCCCAGAAGCUGACAGGUUUCAGGUGGACCUGUCCAGCGGCUGCAGCACCAAACCGCGCUCCGACGUGGCCCUCCACUUCAGCCCCCGCUUCCGGGGCCCCCCCUGCGUGGUGUGCAGCUCCCUGCAGCAGGAGAGCUGGGGCCCGGAGGAGACGCUCCACCAGCUGCCCUACAAGCGGGGAGCCCCCUUCGAGACCAUCAUCCUGGUGCUCCAGGACGCCUUCAAGGUAAGCGAGGGCACCGCGGGGCGCCGGGAAGUGUCCCCGACCCGGUUUAACCCACCACAUCCUGAAGCUUGCCCUGGCCCGCAGGUGGCUGUGAACGGUGCGCACCUGCUGGAGUAUAAGCACAGAGUCCCUCUGAACAGGGUCGACACCUUUUCUAUUUCCGGGAACGUCAGGGUCCACGCGAUUGGCUACAUCCCAAACUCAAGCCUCCCUUACAAAGGCAGCAUCCUUAAAGGACUGAGUCAUGGGCAGCACAUCACAAUUAAAGGACAGGUCAGCUUGUAUCCUCACAGUUUUACAGUGAACCUCUGCAACAGCAAGACAGAGAACAUCGCUCUGCAUCUGAACCCCCGCAUGAAGUCUGGCGUGUUCAUCAGGAACUCCUACCUGAGUGAAUCCUGGGGCCAGGAGGAGCGGGAGCUGCCCUUCUUUCCCUUUUCCCCGGGGGAAUACUUCGAGAUCCUCCUCCUGUGUCAGCCCCAUCAGUUUAAGCUGGCCGUCAACGGCUCCCACCUGUUUGAGUUCAGGCACCGGGUCCAGGACCUGAGCAGCAUCGACCAGCUGGAGAUCAUGGGUGACCUGGAGCUCAGCGACGUGAAGCUGUGCUGCAAACGGCCCGGGCGCUGGGAGCUGAACGCUGGAGAAUGUGUGCUCUCCGCGGGUCUGAGCUUCAGGUCCGGGCAGCAGUGCACUAUUCCAGCUGUUCCAACCCUGCCCAGAGUGGACAUGUACGGCCAUCCCAAGCACCAGUGCACUGGCUUUGAUCAGAGGUAA